CUUUCUUCGGCCUAGCUAGCGUUCGGAGAGCAAUGAGGGGUUGAAGGAGCCGCACUGAAGGAAGCUGUUGAAGCUGCCAGCUGCAUCUACAGGGUGUGCCACUUUGAGGAGCGAUGCAUGGUAACGGUGGUCCGAGUCUGAAGCUUUCCUUGCAAACUCAGCAAAGGGAAGAGAAUGGUUUCGCGCGAAGCACUGCAAACGGCGUUGUGAAAGGCGGGGAUCUCAUUGACAGCAAACAGAUCAGGCACUCACAGGCUGAAGUUGAUGCAGUUGAAGGCCGUCGUGUAAAGUCCAAAUCCUUGCUGAAAAGUCGAGGCACCAGCACUCAAGAUUCCCGGGAAGAAGUUGAGAGAAGUACUGCGCAUAAUGAGCAGAUUGGAGCAGACGACAGCGCAAGUGAUGAGGAGAGGUCGCCGUUGUGGACCCGUCCUGCACAUAUGAGAAAUGGGGGAAGUGCAAGGCAGGCCCAGGACUCAGGAGUGCAGCCAAGCCGAUCUAACUCUGAGCAAAGGGUUGAGGUGAAGGUUCCAGAUGAAAACCAGGCCAGUGUAGGGAGCCCUGUUGCUCGGAUCACGCUUACUGGGGACUCCAAGCUCGACCAGUCCCUUGUGAAGGUCACAGGAGGGGGCCUUCUCAAAAUCUGUGUCUCCAAAGAUUGUGACCUGCAGCACCACUUUGAGAUUGAGAGCUGUUCUGGCGGAAAGGUCUUUGAAACGCCAAUCAUUGUGCCUGGCACUGUAUAUGUCUGGCGGCCCCCGAGCCCUGGCAAGUACCACUUGACCAGUGUGGUCUACCCUUGGAUCAAGAGCAUCGUGACUGUCCUUCCCGCGGCGCCAAGUUCAGAGCAUAGCACAAGCACCCCUUCUGAGGCCUCAGAAAGCCAACCUUCCACUCCUGACGGCCCUCUCAGCGUAGCCGAACCCUGUCCCGCUAAGCCUCCAUCAAACAAGCUGAGAGCAGAGGUUGAGUUGCACAGCGCAUUCGGCAGAGUCUCUGCAACCGAGGGGGACAAAAGGGAGGCAACGACGGCGCAGAUUGCAAGUAAGAGGAAAGGGCCCAAAGCGAAUGGUGUCGCAGCUGUUGGGGAGGAGCUUGAGAUCGUGACUCAGGAGGUGGAAGUGGAUGGGGCCCCGGGCAGCUUUGGGGUUGUUGCCAGGACCUCCUUCACAGCGGAGACCUCAGGGAAGGGAGCACCACCAGGGAAGGAAGAGGCGGCAGGCUCUGGAAAUGAGGUGGACGAUCUGUUACGAGUGCCGCUCCUCUCACGAAAGUCAAAUGGUAGGAACAGGGGGGAUCACGCAAAGAAAAAGCAUCUGGACGGAAAUGCGUGGAAUGCGUCCUGGGGGGACAGCAGUGCGGACGAAGGUGGGGAUGGGGAGGCGCCCGAGUGCGGUUUGAGGCGGCGGGCGAAGGAAGGAAACGGACAGGUGGGAGCGGAAGAAGAGAGCGAGGGGGCCGAUGCGGGCUUGCAGAUGCGGCAAAUCAUCAAUCCUGGGGAGAUUGACGAGUGGGUGGAGAGGAUUUCCAGGGAGGAAGAGGAGAGCCGCAAUGCGAGGGCCGAGCAGUCAGCAACUGAGUAUUCGCGGGAACCCACCGAAGUUGGUGCAGGACCGUCUGUGGACAGCGAGGAGCUAGGGGGUGCGGAGGCAAAGAAGGGGGGAAAGGCAGGAAAGAAGAAGAAAAAGAAGAGCGGGAAGAAGGAAGGGCCGAAGCUGGCUCCGUCAGCGGACGGUGCUGCAGCUGAAGAAGCGCCAGAGGAUGAUGACCCCGGCGCACUCCUCGACGACCCUAUGGUCGGAAUCAACCGUGUCCUCUCCAGCAUCCCGAGCACGACCGGCAUCACGCACUAUGACGUGUCGGGCGCGGGGAUGGCCAAGGGCGGCCGCCCUGCUAAGCUCAUGGCGAUCGGCCGUUCGGCGGACGGGAAAAUGGAGGUCUCCCCGAUCUCCCCGAUGAUGAGCCCCAGCUCGCUCAUGAAGGGUGGCCUGAGCAACUCCAAGUUUGCGGAGCGCGCGCCGCCCGUCGACGACGACUCGAACCCCUACCACCGCAUCGGCGAGUUCAUCGACCUCGAGUCGGGGCUCGGGUACAUGGACGAGCCGCGCCUGCGCGAGAUCAAGAACCUGGCGGGGGGGCCGCGGCUCCCUCCGCACAUGGGGGGGUUCAAUGGGCAGGGCUGGCCCCUGGGUGCACCCCCUCACAUGGCAGCGCUGGUUCCGGAGCUUUCGUGCCGGUCAAAGAGCUGCCCGCGCAAGUUUGUGUCGAGCGUGAGCAUGCUGCGGCACUAUCUGCAGCGGCACAAGAAGCAGGGGGGGGACCUGCUGGCGGAGCGGCCGGCCAUGAUGGCGUUUUGGGCGGACCUCACCAAGGAGGAGCAGAAGGAGCUGCUCAACAUCAAGGACGUGUCCAUGCAGAGCAUCAAUGGGGAGAGGGUGUCUGCAGAACUCGUUCAGAAGGCACGCUUCAGGAAGCUCCAUGGAAUCAAGGGCGCCAAGUACAUGAUCCUCGGAGAGACGCUGCUGAACAUGGUCUUCAGCCCCCUGGAGCUCCCCCCCACCUCCUCCAUCGACCUGUUCAACGCGCUGGACGAGGCAAGCGAGCACACGUUCCUGCGGGGCCGCACAGACCCCCCGGUGCAGCGCUUCGUCACGGCGGACCCCGCACGGGGGAUGGGCGAUGAGGGGUACCUGGUGGGGCUGCUCGCGUUCAUGCUGGAGGACCGCAUUGUGAGCGCCUGGAUGAAAAGCAAGGAGGAGGGCGCGCGCAGGACCCAGCAGGCACUCAUGGAGGAGGAGGAUGCAGCGUUCGAGAAGAGGCAGAAGGCGCUGCAGAAAAAGAACCGCAAGAAGCAGAAGAAGGCCGCGGAGCAACUCAAGACCGAGCCCGCUGCGGACACCUCCGCUGGACCAGCGUCCGACGGUGUGUCCGAAGCCCCCAGGGAAGACGAAGCCCGCGGGUACCCUCAGCGAAACGACUCGGAAAUUUCCGAAGUCAGUGACGAGCCCGUUUUUGCAGCAGCAGUGGGACCGUCCGUCGAUCCGCAGGAUGUUGGCGAGGAAGUAGGGGUUGCGGAAGAGGAGGGGGAAAGCGAGCCGUCUUUAGUUCAAGACGGUGACGCUAAAGUGCUGUUGGCGAGCGGUGCGUCCGGGGGCCUUGAAAGUGUGUCGGACGGCGCUUCCGGGGAUGGGCCGGUUGAUGGGGGUCUGGAGACAGCUUCCGCGAGCUCAGAGGCGCCAAGCCCCUCCAGCUCAUCUGAGGCGGUGCCGCCACUGAAAGCGGAGAGUUCCGAAAGCCAAGCGCCUGCAGCUGCAGGUUCUGACACCUCAGCAGCGGUCGACUCUGUCGGAAGCGCUCCCACCCCUCCAACUGUCGAGCUUGAGCGCGUUGCGCCUGAUUUCAGCGUCUCGCCCCCUCCCGUCAGCACAGGAGCGAAGCUGCGGCCUCAGGGGUCGGGGGGAAGCGGGGCAGAGGAAAAGAAGGCCAGCCCGUUGACAGGUGUGAUUGCAGUGCCGGUGAGCAGGAUGGGGGGGAAGGUGAAAUCGGCGGAGGCGCCGAAGGCAUCGGCGGCGCGUGUCAUCCCUGGGGAAACUCUGGUUCUGGUUACGAAGAUGGGGCCACGGGCGCGGGAAGGGGGUGGCAAGGGGAAAUCGGAGACGGCGAAGCAGGGUGGUUUGAACACUACCGGAGAGAUUGCGAGUGUGUCGAGCGCAGCAUCGGGAGGGUUGUCAAAGGGGGGCUCUGGGGAGCAACCCGGCGCUUCGGAGGGUGUCCAAACGAGAGCGGUACUUUCUGAGCGAGGGCGUCAGGACAAGGGGGUUGUGCCGGGAGUUAUGGUCAAUCGGCCGAGGUCGCACGGAGAAGGAGUAAAUGCUCACGGGGCUCAUGUUAGUGGCUCCUUUGGGGCGGAGUCGAGUGAGGAGGUGCGUGUCGAGACCAGCGCAGCCGUAGGUGAUGGCGAGUUGCCGGUCGUGGCAGCAGAGCUGCGGAGCGAGACUCCGAGGGCGGAAGCGCUGGGGGCGCGUGAAGCUCGCGGGUUGAGUGCCGAGGCGACAGCGCUGGCAGAGCCCGCGACGACGGAGGUUCGCACGAACGGCGAGGAUGCUAAGCCCGAAAAUGAAAUUACACAGGCGUCCACUUCUGAUGCUGGGACCGGCGCACGGGAGGCGGGCGAAAACGACGACUUGCAGCGGAAGCAUUCCGGGGGCAGUGACGGGAAGGCCGGCGGGAAAGAAGGGCGGCGGGGGCGCAAGUCGAAAGGAAAGAAGCGGGGCGCUGCGCAGCCAGCGGAGUUAGUCGAAGGUGACGCGGGCGAGGCGAAAGCUGUGGACGAACGGGAGUGGUCGAAGAAAGCGACGCAGGAGUUGAAGUCGUUACUGAUGGACUCGGAAGCUGGGGCGCCGAGUGACGACAGAGGGGAGACCGCACGUGUGCCCAUUGUGGAGGAGGCCGUUGCUCCAGCUGGUGUUUCGCUUAUUGCUCAAGUUGCUCCAAUUAGUGCUCCGGUUGCUUCUCAGGUCAGCGGUCCAGUUGCUUUCCAGGUUAGCAGUCCAGUUGCUUCCCAGGCUAGCAUUCCAGUUGCGAAGCCGGAAACUGAAACAGCGGGGAAAGAGGGCGACACAAGCCCGGGACCGACUGAGACGGAGUCGCCGGAAGCUUCAGGCGGUGUGCAGAUGAGUGGCGGGUGGGCACGGAUCGUGGCGGCAGCGGCGCAGAAGGAGGCAGAGGAGAGAGCGGCGCUCGAGGGGGAGCGGAAACGGAAGCAGCAGGCGGAAAAGGAACACCGGGCGGAACAGGAGCAGCCGGCGGAGGCGUGGCCCGAGCUGGGCCCUGUUGCGAAGCGGGCGGCGCCGGCCAGGAAGAAGAAGCAGGGCCGGAGGGGCGAGACAGAGGCGGCAGCAGGGCCUCGAGGGGCCGUGGAGAACGGAGGCGAGGCAAUGACGGCAGAACUUGUGCAGAGUGCGAAAGAGGCGGCGCAGGCGGCGGCGCCGAUCAUUGUGGAACCGGGACUCGAAGAUGCUUGGGGGGGUCUGCAGUUAGAAGAGGAGGUGAUAGCGGUUGGCAGUCAUGGCGCUGGGGAAAGUGGGACGGCGAAAGGGGCCACGUCGGAUGCAGCGGGGGGGACGUGGGCGGGGGCUAAAAAGCAGGGGAUUGAGAAGGACGAGCGCGAAGGGCGGAAAGGCAUGGGGCCAGAGGAGAUUAUGGCGUUCUUUGCAGCGAGAUGGCAUGCAGCUGUGAAUGACCCGGAGGCGAUUAGACUCGGCCCUCCAGAAUCGUCAGCAGCGUCGGAAGAGGUCUCCAUAGAGGACCUGGCCGGAGCACCAGUUUCCGACACUGCAGGAACGACCGGCUGGGGCUUGCCGAGCGAACCUAGUCGGGAAACGAACACUGGCGACCAGGCGAGGACUGCCCGGGUGUCGCCUCCCGAGCGCAGCAAUCAGGUGGGCCAAGCACGGAGCGGCUCCGGGAAGGGUCGGGAGGAGCAGGGGAAGGACGACGGGGGUUGGCAGGAGGCACGCACGCGUAAGGGGGGGGAGGGACGUGGGCGGGGCCGGGAGCACAGGCAGAACGCCGGGGAAGGUGCCCACAGAAGCGCAAACGAAGGGCGGCAGAGGAGGUCGGAAGCCAAAUAACGAGACUAACUAGGAGGGAUGGGGUACUUGCCAAGGCGAGUUUGAAGGGAAUGAGGCUGGACGGAUGGGAUUAAAGGGGAGCAACUAAAAGGGAGCGACUCUAGACCUCUGGGGCUGAGACUAGCAGGCGAGGCCAGCGACAAGUUUUGAGGUGUUUUUGUGCGAAGAGGCAAAGUGGGCUUGUGGCCUUGUUUUGUCGCAGCGUUUGAGAUACUGAAUCGAAUGUGUAGGCAAGUGAGGAGCCGAAUGUGCAGAUCUGUCGAUUGCGUAGUGCUCGUUCCUGUUGCAUGCUCAGCAACAACGUAGGUAGAGAAUGUGCUAUUGAAGAACGACGAGUAUGUUGUAUUGGUAAUAAGCUGACAAUCUGUUGAGCUGGUUCAGAGCCCAAUGUAUUUGUGCUGGAAACAUGUAUCACUGCGC